AUGAAGUUAGAAAAGUCUGCAAUCAUGAGAAAAAAAAGACAAGGAUACAGUGAAUUCAUCGUUGAUGACACAAAUUGGAAUGGCCAAAGAACAAUGCUGAUAAAGUUGCAUUCCAUAUAUCAGAUGUAUCGGAGUGCGGGAGUGAUUGGUGAUGUACCGCCAGACAUGCCUUCCAAAUCAUUGUUAAAAGCAUCAAGAGGAACCAUUGCAGCUGGGUACAAGCUCCACCUCGUUAAGAUGGCUCUUAUUGAUGAACGUCCAUUCAAGUUCAACUUCGAAUCUAGACGGUACUAUUUCAAGAAUGUAAAUAUCGUAUUUCUUCUCGGAAUGAUCAAAAAUAAGCCCGAGCUUGUUUACUCAAUGCUUAGCAAUGGUUUCCCUAACAACAUCAACUCCUCGAUUUUUGGAAGCCCGAUGUUUCCAACCUACUUCCACCUCGCCUGUGCAAUGCAUCAUAACAUAUUGUCUGUUUUCCUAAAGUUCUCUCCAAGCUACUCUCUAUGCUGGAAUGGUCUUACUCCACAAAUGAUUGCAUCGUUUAGUGGAAAAUCUUUGGAAUCUAAACAACCUUUUAAUUUUGUCUCAAUGAAGCAGUAUUUACUGUUGAAUUCAUUUAGAGGAUUCAAGAUUACCGAGACAGAUGAAAAACCUAUCUUCCUAAUAGAUUUUCUGUGCAUGGAAAACGACAUGGAGGAAGCCAGAAGAGUACUCAACAGAAAUCCAGAGCUGUCUAGAGUCAGUAAGAUAUGCUAUCUAGCUCAAGAUAACAUAGAAUGGAUUAUGUUCUUAAGCAGGUACCAAACAUCGGUGCAUCAGGAGUUCAAUGGAAUCUCUCCCCUUCAUAUAAGCUCGAUAAAUGGAAAUUUCGAGGGGCUCGUUGCACUUGUGGCGUUAGGAAGCUACAUAAACUCUAGGGAUCGUCAGGGAAAUACACCAAUGCAUUACUGCGCAAUGAUGCAGCACUUCCGAUGUCUGGAGUUGCUCAUCAGGCUCGGGGGAAAUAUGAACAUGGUAAACAGGGAAGGAAUCAGCACAGAGGAUAUUUUAAUUAGCCAAGGAAAAGUCUUUGAUAUUAAAGAGGUAGAUCUAGAACUCCCAGAGGCCUUGUUCCAAACUCUGGGAGAUUCAGUCGAAUUCAGACAUCAUCUAUCAAUAAUUGAUAGGAUCAAGUAUAAUUGUAACCACACCAUCGUCAAAAAAAAUAGAUUCACAAUAACAUCAUUGUUGAACUUGCCGCAUAAGAUUGAUUACACAGAAGAUUUGAUUCAAAAGGUUCAAGGUGUUAAGGACACAAGGAGAGAUAGCUAUUCGCCUCGCCAGUCAUUACAAAUAUUCUUGAAGAACAUUCAAUAA